GAGAGAGAGGAGUGGAAUAUGGAGAGAGACAGGAAGAGGAGUGUGAUUACAAAUGGAAGAGAGGCUGAGAGUGCUACUCAGCAGCAAACACAGGGUGAACAAGUUCAGAUGCGAGAGAGAGAAAGAAAGUAAGGGAGGAUGAGGGAGAGACAUCAAAUGUGUCUGAGAAAGGUUAACAGGACUGACUGACUAAGUAGAGUGGGAGUGUAAAAUGUAAAAAGCGAGUAGGAGGGAAAAGAGAGAGAGAGGAAGAGGAGAAAAGAAAAGGAGGAGAGCGUGUCUGAUAGACAGUCUGUUGAGCUUGUCUGGAUGCCUCUGAUCACUUUGCUCUGCUGUGCCUUUUGCACCUGCAGACUGGGAGCCAGACAGGUGUGUUUGUUUGUGUGUGUGAGUGGAGUGGAGUGUCUGUGAACAUGGAGGGACAUGCUUAGUGAAGAUGGACUCACAGAGAAGCAGAUGGAUGGACGGAUGGAGAAACAUGUAAGUCUGAAACAUGAAGCUCCUCUGAAAAUAUCUUGAAUUGAAUAGUAUGAUCGAGUUCUGCGAUAAAUGUGUGUUAGUCUGACUGUAAAUGCAUGUCUGAGGAACUCUUUGAGGUCUGUGGGAUUUUGCACCGCAGGUUAAAUUUGCUUACAUUGCGCCUCAGAACCAUAGAUAGAAACAUCAAACUGACUAAGUGCAAUAUUGCCACUACUGAUAUGCAAAUUAUCCCGUCCUCUUGACACAAAGCACCUCAUGCUGUGAAAUUCAUGUCAGUUCCUCCUGUAAACUCAUCACCUCAUAAGGUCAUUGAGCCUGUGUGGCAUUACAGUGUGGGUCUGUUUGGGUCAUGGUCUAAUUGUACAUGUGUGUAAGCAGGUCGCACAGAUAAUAUCCAGGCCAUUUGAGUGAAUUUGCAUUUACACUGCAGGCACACUAGCAGACAAACACAUAUCUAUUUGUGUCUCAUGGUAUAAUGCUGCACAGGAAUGUCAGUGUGAGGAUGUUGUCUGAUCCCCCCCUACACACACACACACACAUAUAUAUAUAUAUAAUAUCAGAGACAUGCCUGUCGGGGUAUAGAGGUUCAUUCAUCAGUGAUGCUCUACUGUGGCGAUGACAUAAUACAGGGCAUUGACGUGAGCUUUGCAUUGAGCAGUAAAAGUCUUCACCUCUCUGCAUCAGGUUAUGUAAAUGACGUGUUUGCAGUCUUUGGCUGAGAAGAAACACUAGUUUGUGUUUGUGUGUGCGUUUGGCCCCGAGGUGCUUAUAUUUAGCCCUGUACUGACUCAUUCCUCUGCGUGCAUUUAAGGUGGAUGAUUGUUUUUAAUAGCUCGAGUUGCUGGAGAUCACUUCAGUUCCAUGAGAAAGAUGCAGGCUGAGCGUUUUGCCACCUGCACGCCUAAAAUCACCGUUUUGACACCUGCACGCCUAAAAUUACUGAAUACACACACUCAUAUCUGUUUCCAGUGAGAAGAUCCCCAUAAAAACUUGACUCAAAGAUGAUUUCAGCCUUGUGAUCGAACUUUACACCCACCCUCUACCAUUUACUUUGCAUUGUCCUCACUACUCUCACAACCACACAGAGCAGUACUUUGUUACCAUAGUAACUUUUUUUUUUUUUUUUUUUUGAACAAAAGAGUUGUUAGAUUCCCAUCAAAAAUAGCAUUUCAUAGUUGAAAAGCCACCAUUCAAAGUGAGCGGGGAAGUUGUUACCGAUGUGUCAAGAGGAUGUUUACAAGCAAUCAUCUCAGCGAGUGGCACGUUCUGAAAAAGAGAGUUAGAGAUGGUAUGCUCUGUCUCUCGGUGAACACGAAGUGAAGGAAGCGACAGACACAGGAUGCAAGAGUCUGAGUCGGUUUUUAGGCUUAUUUAGGUUGCUAAGUUCAAUAAAUUUAUUGGGAAUUUCCCCUUGUGGGACGAAUAAAGAAGUAUCUUAUCUUAUCUUAUCUUAUCUUUCUUCAUUUUUCACAGGCUGUGACAACACUUGACCUGGCUACCUUUGUCAGUCUGUGUCAGUCAAUACCACAACUUCUCAUGAAGUGUGAGUGACCAGAGCGUGAGCCAAUGAGCUUCACACCAAACCCAGCUCCAGUCCCAGACAGGGACAGUCUCCCGCUCAAGAAGAGGGACCAAAGACUGAGCCCGACACUCCCACAGCAGCAGCAGCAUCAACCGCCACAGUGUGAUGCGGCCACGUUCAAAGCCCCCUUCCCAUACAGAAGCCACAAUGAGUUCAAGACCAAGCACACCAGCCCUUUCCAGCCUGUUCCUAGAAGGGUCCCCGCUCUGUACCAGCCCUGGAUGCAGACCCACACGUCGCCCAGGUCCAAACCCCCUCUUCUCUCUGCUUUCAGGGAGCAUCAUGGCUGGGCAGAGUGGAGAGACUUUAGCCCCCUGCAGCCUCAGUGGGACUUGUCUCACCACUAUCAGCACCACAGCCACCUCCCUCCUGCACCUGCGCUCCAGCUGGGAUACCCACACCACAUCUCGAGGCUCAACCUGACCCCAGAGGGUUUCCGAAGAAUGGGUGGAGGGCAGGGGUGGGAGCAGUUUAGGACGAUCAGGGACAAGGGUUUAAACACAGACAGGCAGAGCAAUGGGAGGAAUAAAGGACCAUAUCUGAAGAGGAGAGACAGAAAAGUUGCAUAUUUUCCUCGGAUUGAAAAAAGCACAAGUUUACCUCAGAAUCCAGCUGAGGAUUUUAUAAAGGCUGACAAACAUCCUGGACACUCCCCAGACACUGAUCUGAGACAGACAUACACAUCCAUGAAGGAGGAUUCAUCUAGAUUCUCUGGCCAGGCCUCCCCUUCUUCUUCCUCCAUCUCCUCCUCCUCCACCUUCUCCUCCUCUUCCCCCCCUAAUCAGUUCCCCUGGCUGCUUCCUCACUUUGUGGCCGGCUCUCUGAUCGAGCUCAGAGACGGGCGGCUGAGGCGAGUGGAGCACCUGCAGACGGAGGACUUCCUGUUGGGAUCACUGGCCUGUCCGGACCUGUGUUUGAGCUCCUGCACAGUUCAGAGCAUCUCCCCUUCAUCCUCCUCUUCAAUCUCCCGUCUGCUCAUUCUGCUUCAUAACCAGCAGUCCCAGGUAGGUGGAAAUCCCACUGUGCUAUUCAUUACUUAUAAAUAGAUGGCGGCAUUCCUCUGAAAGGUAUCAACCUGAAUCUGGGUUGUGAUUUUGUUAUUACAAUAGUUUUAGUCUCUUCUUACUAAACCAUUUCAAAUACCCGUUUUUAUCAUGUCUUAACUAAGGAGUGUUUAGACUUUAAGAAAACAGGUGAUAUUUUGUAUUGUUUGCUGUUACUGUAAAAUAAAACCAAGACCAAGUUCUCCUACUGGCAAACAUAGAGUGUGAAUGAAAAACUCUGAAAUACAUAAAUCAUUCAAUGACUCACUCACUAAUGCAACUGAGGUUCACAAGAUGCCUGAUACCGACAGACAACUUUUUUCUUUAGGUUAAAAACAGUCUUCAGAAACAGCUGGGAUGAAGAGUAAAAUACUAAACUGAAUGUAGUGACAAACCCACGUCUGUCAAGAUGUAACACAAAAGCAACCGAUCAAAUGUUUGUACUGAGAAAUCUCAAGUUUAUGGUUUCUAUAAAAAACUAGAACUUUUUUGUGACUUCUUCUAAAAUUAUGACCUUUGAAGCUUUCGAUAACAAAGGACAUCAAAUGCUGGAAUUUAUAAGGUGCUAGUUUUCCCUGCUUGGUAUAGAACCUCAGAACGUCAAAGUUUGUGCUCUCCUUUGCUGUAUUUGACGUGGCAAAACUUUUCUUUGAGUGACUCAUUAGGACAGUCAGUUGAGCACAGCCUCUUUCACGGGGGUUUUUAUUUUCUUUGCCAUCAGGACCCGCAGUGCUUUGACCCUGAGAAGUGCAGUGUUGUUGUCAGUAUCCCAGACUAUGACCUGUCCUUCUGGUUUUUUCUGGAACCAUGUUGUAAGCCCAGAAUAUGGUUUAGCAGUGUCUUGCUGAGGUCAAUCUUUGUCAAAGGAAACAAUAUUUUAUAGCAGCAUAUUGCACCUAAACCUGAAUUAUUCAGUAUUUAUUCUUGUCUUGACAAAAUGUGUAGGUUACCCACACUGCAUGCUCUGAGGCUGUCUUUUUAACAGUAGACUGAUAACAAGUUAGCCGGUCCUUUCCUCACUAUAAACCAUCCAAGAUUUCCAAGAACACAGUUUUCACUUCUGGACUCUGGAUGGUAAAUAACUUUCUUUUUGUAUUGUUUAGCCUCAACUAGCAGUUGUAGCUUUAUUCACAAAUUGUGAUUUUUGAAACGGUCCUGUUCCCAUGCGGUGAUGUCCUAUACAUAAGUCUGCCUGUUUUUCCCGCUGCGCUGUCAGAGCACCCAAGGAUGAUAACCAUGUUGGGUUUUGACAUUUUCCCCAGAUUCUCAGUCUUUUAAUGACACUAUGCACUGGAGAGCAUGAAAUCCCCAAAUUCUUUAGAGUUGUAUGUUGAGAAAUAAUGCUGAAACUCUUGCAUUAUUUGCCAGCCCGGCCUUUGGCACAUGCUCCAGCAAAGAUCCUCAAAAUAUAACACCUCAAUAAUCUUAUUUUGGCUGUUUUAGAUACGUCCUAAAAACUGACAAAGUUCAUAACCCCGGCUUAUUGAAUACAGAGUGGUCCAAACAGAACACCACCACCACCACCUAGUGAACAAACAUGUGAACUGCAUUUUUGUGUCUGAUCUCCUUGUGCAUAAUCCUCCUUCAGGAGCUGGUGGAUGUCUAUGUGGAGUACCCUUUCUUCGUGCGUGGGCGGGGCUGGUCCUCCUGCAGCCCUCAGAGGACGGCCCAUCUCUGUGGCCUACAGUGUCGCCAACUCAGUGUGGGGGAUGUCUGCCUCGCCCUCACCCCUGUAGUAGCCCACAAGCCUCCACCAUCAACCGACCUGGAGCCAAAACCCUCCCCCAGGAAGUUGGAAGAAAGGUGUGAGUCCCUAAAGGCAGGACUGGCACAGGUUUCCUCGGAGACAGGGGCUAGAAAGAAGGAGGGAGAGGCAGUCAGGAGGAGACACUCUUCAGCCCCUGAGCUGAGAGCUCCAAGGACAAACUGUCUGUAGAGAGAAGAGUCUGUUUUACUGACAGGAGAAAAGCCUGUGUCUGUAAAGCUCUGCUUUAUUCAGCCUACAUUUUCUGUCUUUCUACCUCCCCAAUCCUCAUUUUUCUGAGCUUGGCUGUGUUUUAAUUGUAGGAGUAAAAUCUGAGGAGGAAUUAUAGGUCUAAAUCUCAGGAAUCCCCAGAGUUUACUUGUCAAAAAGAGUUUAAAUAUACCUUUACUUUGAAACUCGUCAGAGUGUAUGACAUAAGUUAAUUUAGCCCUCUUUAAUGCAAGGUAUUUAACUACAUCUCAUGUGUUUUUAAAGAGGACAAACCAAAGUCUUUAUAUUUACAGCCAAGGGGACAUGCUUUGGUAAAAAAAAAUAGAUGGAUAGGGAUCGUAAGAAUUCAGAGAAUAAUGUUUGGAUAUAAAAAUGAAGCUUUCAAAUCAAUUCUUGCUGUGCUUGGAAAAAAAUCAGCCCACGUUGCUUUAAAAGCAGUGAAGAAACUCCCUCAGGUCCUUAACUGCUGAUCAAAGUUUAUUCAUCUUCCUCCUUGUUAUGUAAGACUAUGAUCUUGGAUGAUAGAUUUAAUAUAAAUAACUGCAUUAAUGCCAAAAGCUUCUAAAAAUUAAGUCCUAGGUUUGGUAAUCAGGUUUCCUUAUGAGAAUGAUCACUCGUUUUAAUUGAAUCAGUGAUAUUUGAUCACAGUUCUACCUCUGAUUUCUAUUUAUGGUGAGAGAUUAACAUAAUCUUUGUGUAAACAGUGUGGGCUGUGCUGUAAUAUAGAAGCUCUGUUAGUGUCACAUGAAUGCCUUUAUUUGCCUGUUUGUACACAGCUGCUUUGCUCAUGUACUGAUGCUUUAUUUGAAACGUGUGUCCCAUUUUCCACAGCUGAGAUGUUUGUUCCAUUCAGAGUACUCUAAAAACACAAUCUGUUAUCCGUGUAUAGGGCUGUGUAUCACCCACAAUAGCUGUCCUCCGCUGCGGGCGCAGGAAACGUGUGAAACAAUUAAAAUGCAGACCAUCAAAAACUCAUAUGUGAUGCCACAGCAAGGACAGGCAUGGUGCUGUUAAGAUUUGGUUGAAUAUUUGUAAAAUAGCUUUCUCACCGUUGAUUAAAAAAGUCUUGUGUAAAAAAUGUCUUCACAUUUUUCACAUGAAAACCCAUUAAAUGCUGAAGAAACAUCUA